UGUUUACGAAUGAGCACUAGACGUCCUCCCCGGCAAGGUCAAAAGUGUCCAUUAAUAAGAUCCAGGGUAUAUAGACAAAAAAGUCUAAACCCUUAUAAAAGAAGAAGAAAAGUAUCCAAUAACAAGAUCCAGGGAAUAUAGGCAAAAAAGGUCUAAAACCGUAUAAAAGAAGAAGAAAGGUAUCCCAUGUAUCUUGCUUCUCGGCAACAUUGAGUAGACGUUACCAUGGCGUACCAAGACGUCACUCUUUCUAAAAAGUCGUUAGCAGCUCUUUUAGGAUUGACACUGUCCUUAGGCUUCUUUUUGGGGUACAAGUUCAAGUCGUUUAAGGUCGAGUGGCUGAGAAGAAGGAGAGAUAGAUUGCAGAGGAAGAUACAACAGACUCAAGCAGAGAUAGAUAAUCUUCAGAAGCAGUACUAAAUUUUUUUCAACCAAAUCUUCAAGGAAUUCCUUGGAAAUUAGUACUAAAGAAAUAUCAUCAUGGUUGAACCAGUUGUAAUUGUACAUGGAGGAGCAUGGGCUGUACCUGAAAUCUUGUGGGAUGAAAGUGUUGCAGGGGUCAAGACCGCUGCUCUUCGUGGCUAUCAGGUGCUUAAAGAUGGUGGUUCAGUUGUUGAUGUAGCAGAAGCUGCUGUAAUUUCUCUUGAAGAUAACCCAGUCUUUGAUGCAGGUACUGGGUCUGUUCUCACAUUUGAUGAGCAGGUGGAAAUGGAUGCCAUCAUAAUGAAUGGUGCAACCAUGCAGGCAGGAGCAGUGGCUGCAAUAAGAAACAUUCCAAACCCUGUAAAAGUUGCUCGCCUCAUCAUGGAGAAAACUCCCCAUGUAAUGUUAGCCGGAGAAGGAGCGAAUAAAUUUGCCUCACAAUAUGGCAUUAAUGAAGUCGACAAAGACUUGCUCAUCACCCCCUAUGCCAAGGAAGAAUUAGCAGAGUAUAAGAAGUACACCAAUACUGUCUACUGCCUCUUUAAUAAGACCGAACAUGCAAAGCCAGUAGGCCAUGAUACUGUUGGCUGUGCAGUGGUUGACCAGAAGGGACACACAGCCUGUGCAACAUCCACAGGGGGAAUCACUGCAAAGAUGCCAGGUCGUGUUGGAGACAGUCCCAUAAUUGGUGCCGGAGGAUACGCUGAUGAUGAGGUUGGAGCAGUUUCAACUACUGGUUGUGGUGAAGCUAUCAUGAAGGCUUGUCUUGCCUGGCAUAUUGCAUCAGUUAUGGGAACAGGCCAAGAUGUUGUCACAGCCAUAAAGAGUGGUUUGAAUCACAUGGAGUCUAGAAUAAAUGGUUUUGGUGGUGCCAUUGCAGUGUCGUGCAAGGGAGAUGUUGGGAUGCAGUUUUCUACUCCUCGUAUGCCUUGGGCAUAUGUGCAGCAAGGGAAGCUCCAUUAUGGCAUUCACCCAGGCCAGCAUAUUAUUGAAGAUUUGUAGGUCGGAAUGCUAGCUGGUGACAUAACAAUUUUCAUGUUACUAGUCUGACCACAGAGAACUUAUGGAUUAUUUGAAACACUCUGCUAUCCAGAGUUAAUGAUGUAACAUUCCUUUUGAAUAUUAGUAAAUUCUAAAAUUUUCAAAUUUUA